UUCUCAGCAAACAUCCUAAGAUCAGUUCUGAUUGGAUUGGCUUGGUCUGCCUGAACUAAUCAUUGUGGUGGAAUUUGCUGAUUGGCCUAGCCUGAGUUUUGUGCAGGAUGGGAAAAUUCUGACACGGUUGGGGGCUGGUUUUACCUGGUGUUCCCACAGCUGGGAGCACACCCACAUGGUUGGUGUGCAGGAUAUUUCGCUGGACCUUAGAAAAGCCACCGCCACCUGUGGGCCAUGAUGCUACCCCAAUGGCUACUGCUGCUGUUCCUUCUAUUCUCCUUUCCCUUCCUCCUCACCAGGGGCUCACUUUCUCCGACAAAAUACAACCUUUUGGACCUCAAGGAGAUUUGCAUCCGGAACCAGGACUGCCAGACUGGGUGCUGCCGACGGAGUCCAGACAUCUGCGAGUCGCACUGCGCGGAGAACGGGUCCGAGGGCAGCCCGUGUCAAACGCAGGCAUUCUUUAGCCUAUAUAGAGAGUGUCCCUGCCUGCAGAACCUGACUUGUGUACAUUGGAAGAAUGAGAAAUGGUCUGUCAGUGCCUAUGGCCGUUGUCAGAAAAUUGGAAGGCAGAAGCUGGCUAAGAAAAUGUUCUUCUAG